AUGCAAGUUGCUGUAUUCUCCAAUUUCUUCCUUUUCCUGCAUCAUCGCCCAUUUUUACAAUCUAUUCUCUGCUCCAUGAUACUUGAUCCAAAAUUUGAAGUGCGUGAAGCUGCUGCUACAACGCUAUCAGGUCUUAUCCACUGUCACUUCUUCGACGUGGACCACCUAAUUGUUGAGACAUUUUACGAAUGGUCUCGAGAGGAGAAUGGUACAAAACGACAUGCCGGUGUCUUAGCUCUUUCUGCUAUUGUUCAGGCAUUUCCAUACAGCGUUCCAUCAUUCUUGCCGAAAAUCCUGAUGCAACUUUGUCGUCACACUUGUGACAAACAACCUAUGCAAGGUACAGUGAAGAAAGCGUUGAGUGAAUUCAAGCGUACUCAUCAAGAUAAUUGGCAUGAACAUAAGAUGCAGUUCAGUGAAGAUCAACUUUCCAUUCUGACAGAUCU